UCAUCACAACGUAUUGAUGUGGUCCUCGUCCCAUAAAGGCAGGCUCCGAAGAACACCCUAUUUGAAGGUCUCCAGUUUUUGUGUCCUUGUCACUAUCUCAUGUCUAGGCUGUUACCGACCACGCGCAUAAUCGUAAGCUCUAAUGCAGAGCAAUAUCGUGUUGUGGAAAUAACGGGUGCACCGAAUGGAUCUUUCAUUCGAGAGCGAAUCCUCUCCAAAAUGUGCGUUCCAGACAAUAGCUUCUCGCGAUACUCGAUCUACCAGUCAGAAAUCGGUGCAUACGCGUUAGGAGGCGCGUUGUCUGACUCGGGACUGUUCGACAUAUGUUUACAAUAUGGCGAUCCAUCAGGAUCGUUACGGUUCUUCGUCUCAACGGCUCCAAACCGACCCCCAACAAGGAAUGAACCUGAAUAUCCUCCGGAUAACAACUAUCAUUCCAGUCGUUAUUACAGAACAUUGGAAAUCAUCCAGCAUUGAUACCUCAUUCCACGAACUCAAACCCAUUCGUGAAUUCUCCGAAUGGCUGUACGUUAUCGAUAGGGAAAUGAGAGGGAGAAAGAGAGAA